UAUGCUCAUGCAGGGAAAGAUUCUGAAGAGGACAACAAAGAUGAUAAUGCAAAACAAAGACCACGAAGGCAAAAAAUGGAUGACAAGUAUUACUAUGGUUCAAUCACAAAGGAUGGUCGCAAAAAAGAACAAAUUGUCCUUGUCGAAAGUGACAAGCCACAAGCAGAAAUCAAGAAACUUGAUGACAAGAUUCCUCCCCUAGGAAAAAAGGCAGACAUUGUCCUUGCAUUGCUACCUGACGAAUGCCAAGAAACAAUCAGAAAAUUUUGGGAACUCGAGGAGGGAUGUAUGCACAUAUGGGAUUGUGAAUUAGAUGACCUGCGCAUAUAUCAAGAAGAUGUGAGGUUUCUGCUAUGUGAUCGAGAAUUAACAGGCCAGCCAAUAGAUGCCUACGUCCACUUGCUGACUACAACACUACAACCACCAACAUCUGGACCAUCCUUUUCAUUGGGAAUAGAAGAUUCCCAACAAGAUAUGCCGUUUGUCUUCAACAGCUUUUCAUCAACCUUCCUUGGAGGUGAUCAAAACUCAGCUAACAGAGCACUUGAUGUCGUCCGCUCAAAGAUUUUGAACACCAGAACAAUCCUUAUCCCAAUAUAUGGUUCAAGCCAUUAUACUUUGCUUGAGCUAGACACCAUUGACCAAGAAUGGAGGUUCUACAACUCCAUCCACAGACAAGGGAGAAGAGAUAAAUACUGUGAAGCAACUGCCAAUCUGAGAAAGAAUGUCACGAACUACAUCAACCAACAAUGCAAGAAGAAGAUUAAAACCUCUGCAAAGCUCGUGGACAAUGCACCACAACAAGAACCAGGCUCGGUUGAUUGUGCAGUUGUUGUUGCCUACAUCAUUCGCCAAAAGCUAAUGAAAAAACCAAUUAAAAGCGACCUUACAAAGCAACAAUGCCUUCAAAUGAGAGCUGAUAUUGUGCAAGCAUUUGUCAGUGACCCCAAGAGAUCAUGGACUCCAGAAAUCUAUCAUAAUAGGAUGGAAAAUCUCAGACUGCAAAAAUAUUAUGACGACCAGGAGCUUCUUGAAGAGAAGAAAAAAAAGGCAUAGAUUCAACUUACUCAUCAAAGUUGGUAGUGGUGUUGUUCAUCAGUUGUAUAGUGGUUAAUGAGUUGUUUAGUUUACUGGUAAAUGAAGAUAUACAAUCUCAGACUGCAAAAAUAGUUUUGGAAGUGAAAGUAGUGCAGAUGGGUAAUGAAAUGGUGGAGGUGAUGUUCAUGACUUGU